UCUAGUAGGAAGGCAUCCCCAUUUUUCACAAAGUUUUUUGGUCUUCAUUCCCUUUGAAGGAUCAACUCAAAUAUACUCCCUUUUCAGUCUUCUCUCCUUGAGCUGAGGGAGUAAAGUACAACAAUAUGUCUACUCUUCAAUUGGGUAUCACCCUUUCUUCUUCCUCUCCAAUGUUCUUGGCAACUAAUUCUCAUUUACCCAAAAAUGCCUUCCCCUCACUCUCACUUUUUCCCACAAACUUUGUAAAGAAUCCUUGCAGAAGAACCUAUAGUCAUGGUGACCCAAGAAUGGGUCUUUUCAAGAUUACUUGCUCUGCCACCUCAGAAAAUCUUGACAAGGUGUCAGAUGUAGUGGUGCAGGACAAAAGUGUUUCUGUGAUUCUUCUUGCUGGAGGGAAGGGGAAAAGAAUGGGUGCAAGCAUGCCAAAGCAGUAUCUUCCACUUCUAGGCCAGCCAAUUGCACUGUACAGUUUCUACACUUUCUCCAAGAUGCCUCAGGUGAAGGAAAUAAUUGUGGUAUGCGAUCCUUCUUAUCAAGACAUUUUUGAAGAUGUCAAAGAGCAUAUCCAAGUCGACUUAAAAUUUGCAUUGCCUGGAAAGGAAAGACAAGAUUCUGUAUACAGCGGACUUCAGGAAGUUGAUUCAAACUCCAAACUUGCAUGCAUCCAUGACUCUGCAAGACCUCUUGUACAAACUGAAGAUGUAGAAAAGGUCCUAAAGGAUGGUUGGCUGGUUGGAGCAGCAGUUCUUGGCGUUCCUGCCAAAGCAACAAUCAAAGAGGCAAACAGUGAAUCUUUCGUUGUGAAAACUCUCGACAGGAAAACACUUUGGGAAAUGCAGACACCUCAGAUAAUCAAGCCUGAGUUGCUUAAGAAGGGUUUUGAGCUUGUCAACAGGGAAGGACUUGAAGUAACAGAUGAUGUAUCAAUAGUGGAGCACCUUAAACAUCCUGUAUAUAUAACUGAAGGCUCUUACACUAACAUAAAGGUGACUACGCCCGAUGAUUUGCUACUUGCAGAAAGAAUACUGCACAUUGAAGAAUCUUAGAGUCUCAAAUUUUCUUAGGCUUUUUUUUUUUUUUUCAAACAUUAUAUUUCCCUGGAAAUUUGUACUCUGAAUAGGUGAAGUUAACCUUUCACAGAGUUCUCAGAAAAUUGAGUCUUGUAAACUUUUUGGCAAAAGAAAGUAACAUUCUUCCCAAGGUCUUAGUUCAUGAAUGAGAACUUGGCAAAAGUGUGCAUAUGAUGAAAAUUGGCUUGUAUAUAGUUACAAGCAUGGAGAAAUAUUUAAGUAGAAAACGGUUUCUAUUUGGUA